UAAAGUGCCUGCCAUGCUAUUAAACCACAAAAUAAAAACAAUUCUUAAAAAACGUGUUAUAGUUAGAAACAUAAAUACUGUUUAUGUUAAAUAAAAAUUGCAGUUUUAAUAAUCUGUAAGUGGAUAGGAAAACCAAAGAAAAACAUGAGUAUUUUUCAUGAUGAAAUUGAAAUUGAAGAUUUUGAAUAUAACGAAGAAGAAGAAAUGUAUUAUUAUCCUUGCCCGUGUGGUGACAGAUUUCAAAUUUCAAAAGAAGAUUUAUAUAAUGGAGAAGAAACUGCAGAAUGUCCCAGCUGUUCAUUAAUCGUAAAAGUUAUUUAUGAUAAGGAAUCGUUUAUAAGAGAAGUAGAUGAAGAAAUAAGUAGGGAGAAUACGCAGACGCAGGUGCUGGAUAUAAAUAAAUAGUUAAUGAAUAAUAUUGUGAAACAAAUUCUAAGUUAAAAUUUUAAAUUUUUGUUAUUUUAGUUUUAAUGUAAUGUAAAAAAUUCUGACGAAUAAGAAUAUAAUUUUAAAAGCUCUUUAUAAAAAUUAAAUGAUGUACAUAUUUAUUCAUAUAUUGUAAAUAAAAAUGACUAAUUAAUACUUCAAAGCUAAAUCUAUUAAGGAAACAUAAAACUAAGGAAUGAAUUUGGUUGUUUUAAUAGUUAUGUUUUCAUCUUAACAGACAGGCUAGACUUACUAUUAAAUAUCAGACGCCCUAUAGAAAAAUUCUAUGUUACAGUUAUAUAUGUUGUUAAAGUCUCAACAGCUAAAUAAAUUUAAUAUUAGUAAAUCCUUGC